CUUUCUUUUGCUUCGCUUUUUUGCUACUUUUUCUCUUCUGAAUGGCUUCUGUCAAGGUAACGAACAUUUCCCUGCUGGUGGACGAGGCGGUGCUGCGGACGCUGUUUGAGUUCCUGGGCGAAAUCAAGGCGCUGGCGCUGACCAAGACCAGCGACGCGCAGGAAGCGACAAUAGAGUUUGCCUCAGCAUCGUCAGUCAAGCCGGCGCUGUUUCUGUCGGGGACGGAGCUAGCCGAGCGCGCGCUCACAGUGACGUCGCUGGGCGACUCGCAGCCCGGGCAGGCGCUGGCGAACGCACCGGUAGUGGCGAUGAUGGCAGCGCGCGGCUACCGUCGCACAUGCACCGAGGCCGGGCGGCAAGAGGAGAUAUCGCGGACGGUCUACGUGGGCAACAUCCCGGCCAUGGUGGACGAGCACGCGCUGCUGACGUUUUUCACGAGCUGCGGGCCCGUGGCGUAUGUCAAGAUGGCCGGCGACGGGCAGCAAAUGACGCGCUUCGCCUUUGUCGAGUUCGCCGACACGCAGACGGCCAAUAAUGCGCUGGCAAUGAACGGGCAGGUGAUGGGGGAGCGGGCGCUGAAGGUGAACCGGUCCAAGAAUGCGAUUAACAAGCCGAUGGUCAGGGCGCCGGCGGUGCCGCAGGUGGCGACUUUGGCGGCGGUUGCGUCGCUGCCGAGCAGCCUGGACCCGGCGAAUCAGGCGGGGAAAACCGUCAGUGAGGGGAUUGCGUGGCCGGUGCUGGGGAAGGUCAGACCCGGGGAGGCCAUGAGGAGAGUUAGGGAGGCACAGGACCGUGUUGAGGAGAAGUACCGGCCGGAGGAGAGGGCCAGGAGGGAGCGCAGCAGGGAGCGCAGCAGAGAUGCCGGUGCGCGGUAUGCCAGGUCGCGUCGCCGCAGAGAUAGCGAGGACGACGACUACUAUUACCGCGAGCGCAGGCCACGCAGGCGCAGCUCCAGCCGCCGUCGCAGCUCCAGCCGCAGGCGCAGUUCCAGUCGCCGUCGGCGGUAAUUGGAGAUGAUCGUCUGAGGAGAUCCGGAUUUUGUGUAUGCUAAGCGGCAGUAGCUUUGAAAAUAAACAUCCUUGCUGUGUGGUCUGCGUGCGCAGCUUCAGAUG